AGCAGCAGCAGCAGCAGCGGUGGUGGUGAUGGAGGAGGAGGAGGAGGAGGAGGGACUCCAGCUCGGAGCGGGUUUGUAUGCUGUAGCCGUCCAUAGCAGAAGCCCAGCAGGCUGAAUCCGCUCUGAAUCAUGGCCACCGACACCAUAUCAGCUUGCACUGGAUCCAACCUGCUGCAGCCGAUAAGCGAGAUCAUCAACCUGCCGUUAGACCAGGUGAAUUUCGUGGCAUGUCAGCUGUGUGCGCUCCUCUCUGCCUUCUGUUUCCGGCUCUACCUGCACCCCAGUAAGACGAGUCCGUUUGUAAGGCACGUGGUGGCAACGCUGCUCGGCUUGUACUUCGCCCUCUUCUGCUUCGGCUGGUAUGCCCUCCAUUUCCUGGUGCAGAGUGGCAUCACCUACGGCAUCAUGAUCUUGGCAGGAGUCGAACACAUGCACAAAUACUGUUUGGUGUUUGCCCUUGCGUAUCUUAGCUUCUGUCAGAUCACACGAGUGUAUGUCUUCGACUACGGCAUGUACUCCGCUGACUUCACAGGGCCGAUGAUGGUCAUCACACAGAAGAUCACCAGUAUGGCCUUUGAGAUUCAUGACGGAAUGGCACGGAAAGAAGAUCAGCUUAAUCAGAGUCAGAAGCUGUUGGCCAUCAGGCGGAUGCCCAGCCUUCUUGAAUACUUCAGCUAUAACUGUAACUUCAUGGGCAUCCUGGCAGGUCCCACCUGUUCCUACAAUGACUACAUCGCCUUCAUCGAGGGCAAGCCCUGCCGCCACAGAGAGCAGGAGAGCAACGGCAGACUGCAGGGGAAGACCAGGCUAAACGACCCUUCGCCUAAUAUGGAGGUUAUUCGUAAGCUUGCCACCUGCUUCAUCUCUCUGCUAGUCUUCCUCUCCGUCUGUAAAGUGUUUCCUGUGGAACGAAAUAUCGAUGAUGACUUCAUUGCCACCACCCCCUUCUAUGCCCAGAUGGUCUACCUGUAUCUAUCCAUGCUGACCACUCGGCCGAAAUACUACUUUGUUUGGACUCUAGCUGAUGCCAUCAACAACGCAGCUGGCUUUGGCUUUAAUGGCUAUGACAGUGACGGAGUGCCGCGAUGGGACCUCAUCUCCAACCUGAGGAUAAUGAACAUAGAGUUUGCAACCAGUUUUAAGAUGUUCCUUGAUAACUGGAAUAUUCAGACUGCCCACUGGCUCAAAAGGGUGUGUUACGAGCGCUGUCCUUACAACCCUACAGCUGCCACCUUCCUGCUCUCAGCAAUGUGGCAUGGAGCUUACCCAGGCUACUACCUCACCUUUCUCACUGGCAUCGUCAUCACGCUGGCAGCCAGGGCGGUGAGGCACAAUGUGAGGCCGUACUUUUUGGGUUCGCCAACACACAAGCAGGUGUAUGAUGUCAUCACGUGGGCGAGCACACAGAUAGCCAUUUGUUAUACUGUGGUGCCCUUUGUGCUGCUGUCUGUGGGCCCUUCACUCAAAUUCUACAGGUCUUGGUCCUUUUCCAUCCAUAUAGGCUGUGUGUUAUUGGCCAUAGCUCUGCCGGUGAAACCUCGGCAUCUGCGGCUGAAGGAGCAGCACAGCUCUGUUUCCACCAGCACCGCCUCUUCAGACAGCCAAAAACCCAAAACCACAUGAACCAAGAAGCCACAGCCCACUUCAGCACACUCAAUGGCCGACACUCCUACUGUAAAACCAUGUGUCGGGAGAGUCAGCGAAUGAAACUUAUAAACCAACAAACAUACAAACUAGCCCCUGUCUGGACUCAUCCAGUGGGUCGUCAAACUAACCUGGGCUCAAAAAGCUGGUACCAGAACUCAUUGGCUGCAGGGGAUGGGUUGGGAUGUGAAUGGUGUUGUUAGGAUGGAACGCUAAGGAAACUCUGAUGUAUUGAAUUCUGCAUACUUUCCUUUAAACUCCCCAUCACUACUGUAGGAGUUGAUGUUGUGACAUGCAGGCUGCAUCACUUUGCAGGAGACCGUGCCACUGUUACUAGAAGAAAGCAAAUGAACACUUGGAGAGUUGUAUGAUGAUUGUAAAACACCUGUUAAGGGCAAAUGAUUUGAAAAGGGAAAAACAUAACCACUUCAGACAAUAGGUUGACACUGCAGCAAUGUCAGUUUCUCAAAUAGUCAUUAUUUUCCAAUUCAUCUUUUACUCUCUUGAGUUAGGCUCCUCAGAAGACAAGCCUUUGUUCUUGUCAAGGACACAGUAAAAGUUGAAUUGGAGAUUUGAACCUAUCACCUAAUGAGGUUCUUCAGUCCAUGGCAUGUUAUCUUUAGUUUAGUAUGCCGUACAAUCUUUUGACGCAUGAGGUUGCAUAUCUUAAGAUUUUCCUUGUUAAAAAAAAAAAUAAAUCACUGCAGCCUCAUUAUUCUUCAUGAAGCUUUAAGACAUUUUCAACACAUUCCAUUUUAAAUAUGUGUGCUAGAAAGACAAUUUCUAAAGAUGAUCAUUAAUAUAUCAGAGUUAGUCUGCAAUGAAAACAGAAGAAAUGUUUGCCCAGUGAUGCAAAGCCCAACUUUGUAAAUGUGGUAAUUAAAUAACCUUUUGUAACUAUA